UCAGGGCCCCCUACAACCAUUCUCAGGUCCUGGGAACCCCUCUACAAAUAAAACAUCUCUUGUAUUGGUAAUGGGAAGAAUUGCACCCCUAUAGUCAGACAAGAAGACCAUUGGGGUCAUGGUGUUGGCUCUUCCAGUUGGUGUUGACCUCAGAACCAUGGGGGCCCCACCAUCUGAUGGGAGGAUUCCCUGGACAUCUCUAUACAAUGUAUCAUCCUCUCUCUCAUGGCUAAUCAGUUAUGCCGGAUGGUGGCCUCUGAUUGGAUCAACAUGUCUUUGGAGCUCCGCCCCUUACUAGCAGCAGGGAGGAAUGGUGAGCAGAAAGCUCUGAGUAUAAAACCUUCCACUGUGUGAUCUGUAUAUAGAGAGAGAUGGGCGAAGCCAACAUGCAGGUUCCGCGCACAUUUCGGGACACUUUGACGUUCUCGGAGGAGGAGUGGAUGGGCCUGGCCACCUGGCAGAAGGAACUCUACCAGACGGUGAUAAGAGACACAGCAGAGCUUUUCCAAUCACUCGGCUUCAUGUAUCAGGUAGAGAAGGAAGAGAUGGAGAUGGGCGAUGGUUGGGAAUGCCAGAAGAGUGAUGAAGAGAGUCCAUUGACCCGAGAGAGUGCCAUCAUUGAGGAGAUCUCCGGGGAGAACUUUAUUAUCCAGAUAAUGGAGAUGGAGAGAACUGCCACUCCCUUCCCUUCACAAACCUCCCCCAAUGUGGAUACCUUAUUUUAUAAUGAGAGAGGCUCCGUUAUUAUUCCGGAACAUUCAGCAAUGAACACCAUUUGUAAGGCGACUGAGACAUUCAAAGUGUCAGAGAACCCAAAAGAUGGCUUUUUCAGCCUGGACACCAAGACAUUCACAACCCCGGAGGGCCCAGGAGGUGGCUUGGUAAGCCUGGACACCAAGACAUUCACAACCCCAGAGAGCCCAGGAGGUGGCUUGGUAAGCCUGGACACCAAGACGUUCACAACCCCGCAGAGCCCAGGAGGUGGCUUGGUAAGCCUGGACACCAAGACAUUCACAACACCGGAGAGCCCAGGAGGUGGCUUGGUAAGCCUGGACACCAAGACGUUCACAACCCCGGAGAGCCCAGGAGAUUGCUUGGUAAGCCUGGACACUAAGACAUUCACAACCCCAGAGAGCCCAGGAGGUGGCUUGGUAAGCCUGUACACCAAGACAUUCACAACCCCGGAGAGCCCAGGAGGUGGCUUGGUAAGCCUGGACACUAAGACAUUCACAACCCCAGAGAGCCCAGGAGGUGGCUUGGUAAGCCUGUACACCAAGACAUUCACAACCCCGGAGAGCCCAGGAGGUGGCUUGGUAAGCAUGGACACUAAGACAUUCACAACCCUGGAGAGCCCAGGAGGUGGCUUGGUAAGCCUGGACACCAAGACAUUCACAACCCCAGAGAGCCCAGGAGGUGGCUUGGUAAACCUGGACACCAAGACAUUCACAACCCCAGAGAGCCCAGGAGGUGGCUUGGUAAGCCUGGACAUUGAGACAUCCACAACCCCAGAGAACACCAUAGGUGGCUUGGUAAGCCUGGACAACAAGACAUUCAUAACCCUGGAGAGCUUGUUUAGUCUAAAUACACAAACAACCACAACCUUGAAGAACCCAGGAGAUGGCUUGGUGGACCAGAACACCUUUAUCCCAAGUCUCAGUGGCUUUCAUGUGGUUAAUAAUGAGAAUUUUAUGAAAACAGACACGACUAAUCGUAAUGAAGAGACAUGUGGUCCUGUGUCAGGCUUGUGUCAUCCUACAGAUGUCUUUACCAUCAGAGGUGAAGUUCAAACACCGACCAGCACUCUUUUCUCAGAAUCAGAUUUCCUGACCCUCAUUCGGGUGGAGAACAUCAACGUUGUCUCUAAGGAGGAGCUAAGCACCAUCCAGACACAACUGUGGGAUGUCCAUUCUGGCUGUUCAGAUCUUCUGGAGGCCGACAACCAGCAGUCAGAGGCCGUGUUUCCCGUGGCCCUCAUGAUUCCACACAAUACAAUUAUACCUCAGCAUUCCUGGAUAGGGGACCAGCAGACUCUCAUUGUGGACACCCCACAGUGGAGUAGACAAGUGGCAGAUUGUCAGCAGGUUGAUGGCGAAGGCAAUUGGUCAGCCGCACAGACGAGGCAAGAAGACCCAGGGGCUCCUCUUGUAGAAAAGUCCUUUCAGUGUUCCUUUUGCAAAAAAAGUUUCCUGUACAACCAACAUCUGAAGAACCACGAGAAGAUUCACAGAGAGGACAAGUCAUUGAAGCAGCCUACAUGUGAGACACCCGGCAGUUCCAAACAGAGUUUGUUGGGUAACCAAGAGGCGCAUCCCAUUUCUUCUCAGACUGACCACGUUGUGUCCACAGAUGGGCCACUGCGGUCCACAAAGCUCUUCCCAUGUGAAGAGUGUGGACGGACUUUCUCUUAUCUCUUCCAGUUCAAUCGGCAUCAGAAGAUUCACGCCCGGGACAAACUAUUACUGCGACAUGUGGCCCCUCCACCAAAGAAAGUCUACAAACUUCCACAGUUCCUCCCGGCCACGAGCGGAGAAGAGGACACAAAGCUGGACUCCACAGGAGACUCCUGUCUCAAACUUCACCAACACCUGCAGCUCUCCGCGGCUUUCCUGCAGAACCUCCUGACCUCCACCGCCGGCUUCCAGUACGAUUAG